AUGUCUCGCUCCUUUACCUUCCGCAUCAUCAAACAAACCAAAAGUAUACCUGAAUCCAUGAAUAAAAUGAUGCUGAUUUGGGGAGAUGGAAAGAAGGGUGAAAGAUUCGAAAACUUCAAAUUGCUGGCAUUAUUGUUGUUGUUGCUGUUGCUUGGUGGUUACUUGGUUGGUUUGUCCGUUUGUUGGGAGGCGGGGGAGAAGGGUGGGAAGAAGAGAAAACGGUCGGGCGGGUCGGGUGGUUGUGCAGUCGGGGCGUCAAAAGAGACGUUUAGAAUGAAGAAUUGA